AUGAGUCAAGGUUUUCUAUCUUUCCGAUCAGCCAGGUCCGCAGGUUUGGCCUUUUUUUGCUUCUAUUUGUUUUGGACGCUUGGAUCCGCGGUGACAGUCACGCUCUCCGAGGACCCCGCAUAUGAGACUCUACGGCCAUGCGCCCAGUCCUGCUUCUUUGCCGGCGUGUAUGACCGCGUUGCUAAUGUCCUCGGCUGCACGACUGAUCCUGAUCCCGAGAAUGCAUGUUACUGCCGCCCAGAUCUCCAGUCUGCCGCCACGGACUUUCUCGAAGACUGUGUAGAUGAAUCGUGCGGACAGAACAUGGACGUUACGAGCGCCCUAAGCAUUUAUAGCGCCUACUGCUCCAGAAACAAUUUCGAAGUCGCCUCAACUACCGCAGAUUCCACCCCCACGUCUCUUCCCACUAAUUCAGAUGCCGAAAACAUUUCAACCACGUCCACUAGGACUGUGGCAAUGUUCUUAACGCAGGCGAUAUAG